CUCUACUAUCCACACGCUUGUGCAAACAAACCAAACCAGUGUUUUCAAAAGCCGCACAAAAACACUGCCUAUUUUCUAGUCCAAGUUGAGUGGGAACAUCAGCUUCAAUAUGUUGGCACUCAUAAACCGGCUUUUGGAUUGGUUUAGGUCCCUUUUUUGGAAAGAGGAGAUGGAGUUGACCCUGGUUGGACUUCAGUACUCCGGGAAAACCACAUUUGUUAACGUGAUAGCUUCUGGGCAGUUUAGUGAAGACAUGAUCCCUACAGUGGGAUUCAACAUGAGGAAGGUCACAAAAGGCAACGUUACCAUCAAGAUCUGGGAUAUAGGAGGGCAGCCAAGGUUCAGGAGCAUGUGGGAACGCUACUGUCGGGGAGUUAACGCAAUUGUAUAUAUGGUGGAUGCAGCAGACCGUGAGAAAGUGGAAGCUUCCAGAAAUGAGCUGCACAAUCUGUUAGACAAGCCUCAGUUGCAAGGAAUUCCUGUUUUGGUGCUUGGAAACAAAAGAGAUCUUCCUAGUGCCCUAGAUGAGAAGCAACUCAUUGAAAAACUGAAUUUGGCAGCUAUCCAAGACAGAGAAAUAUGCUGCUACUCCAUUUCCUGCAAAGAGAAAGACAACAUAGAUAUCACACUGCAGUGGCUCAUCCAACACUCAAAGUCCCGGAGGAGCUGAAAUCCGAGGAGUGGCUUUCCCAGCUCCCCAGCCACGUUACCCUCCUCACACCACACUCUGCUCCCUCUGUGAUGAUGUAGUCAGCUGCUGCACUGUCCUGCUCGUGACCCCCCCGAUCCCACCCCCGUCCCAUUACUUUACCCCCCGUUUCUCCCCAAACAAUGCCCCACACUACUGCACUAUGAAAAUAUGGUACGUCCCACCGCUCUUUACAUCCCAUGAGUAGAAGAAACGGCUUUACACCUCCACCACGAGAGGGGCCAUUUCUGUCCCCUGAACAGAGAGAGGGUACAUCUCCAUUUGCCUUCAGUGUGGUACAGGCUCCACGACAGGCCUAGAAGCCAAAUUGCCCAACUGUCUAUAACACUAGGGUAGGGUGUGCUGCUGAGGCGUCCCACACACUGAGGAUGGGUCGUUCAGCCAAUGGGGCUUUGAAUCACGGUACAUGUUUACCAGACAGUGCUGUGUAAAGCCAGGGGAAAGUACAUAAAUAUGUUUAUUACAUUAUUGGGAAAAUAGUGGGGACUUCCAGGUUCCCCUCCUGUUUCAGUCACGUUUUACUGUGAGAUUAUUACUGUUUCAUGGUUAUUUCUGAGUCAAAAUAUUUUAAAAUGAAAGAGCAAUGAAGUAGCAAAGUAAUUAGUUCAGCAGUCAGGUAUGUACAAAUAUAUAAUUAAAGUUUUACUAAUGUCGACGUAUAUGAACAUAUGAUUAUAUUUUACAAGUUUGAAUGUACUGAAGGUGAAGCUAUAGUGGCUGGUUGCGUGGUUAUCAGCUUUGUUAUUGACUUUAGUAGAAUUACGUCCUCUGUGCGGUCUAUGAGGUGUGCGUGUGUGUGUGCGUGCGUGCGUGUGUGUGCGCGUGCGUGUGAGCGUGUGAGAGGCAGAUAUCGAAAGUGCCUUGGGAAAUAUCUCUAAAGGAAAGCGGCAGGCAAGGUGAGCCUAUCUUGGCAACAAAGAACACCACUCAUAUAUUAAAGAAAUAAAAGGCAUGCUUUUUAAUUUA